UUUUCGGCCUCACAUUAUUCAAAAUUCCAAAUUAAAUUUUAAAUCAGUUAUUUAUUUAUUUAUUUUACUCGAGGCCUGUAAAUUAUCAUUAUGCUUAGGAAACUGGUCCUAAGUCCGUCCAGGCCAUUAGGGAAAAUCCAUGUGCAGCAUGCAAAGCUGUACGGCACAAAUCGCUUGGGCAAGAAAAAGGACAAUAGCCGUUCAAGUGACUCCGAGACACCUAAAGACGGUAGCUGCGAAGAGCUUCAAGAGCCGACAUGUUGCCCUAAGAUGCAUCCCUGUAGCAUCAAUCAUCGUCAAUCAGAGACACGCUAUCCCAUCAAAGUGAACCAAAAGUCAUUUUACGAGGCGGCCGAGUGGAUUGCCCAGAACAAGAGACUAACAAAAAAUAAUACCGAUCAGUACGAGUCCAUGUGGGAGGAUGUGGCCAAUCCCACCAAGGAGCAGCUAGCGCUGUUUAGCUAUCCGCCCGAGUGCUGUCCAAAGUGUCCGAACACCCCGUUCGAUGUGCUAUACUACCGGCCGUCAAACAAGUGCCGCCAAUACCAGCGCACCUGGUGGGAAUGCUGUCCCAAAAUGGUGCCCAAGCGGGUCUGCUGCUGGUGCGAUGCCAUACCGCCCGAGAGCCUCAUCCGGUGUCCUCCCAGUUAUUCUUCUUCUUCGAAAGGCGCGUGCUCUGAAAAUCACGAAAAGUCGCGCUUCGACUGCAACAAAAAAGCCCAGGACUGCCCGCGAGUGCAGCUACCCAGCUGUAGAGCAGCGCGUGUUCCUCCGACCUGCAAUAUAGUGCGACGUCCGAAAGUCUGCGAGAAGCCCAAGUGUCCCUACCCCAGCUAUUCAGAGUGCAGGCAGUUGGAUCCGGCUGAGAUACCCGAACGUCCCGCUGAAUGCCGCUGCCUUAAACUGUCUUCAACCUGCGAAGCCCAUCGGGCUAGUAUCAAAAGAGAUACAAUCCAAUCCAAAUUUUGCGAAUGCCCCACCUGCAAAUAGACCAAAUCCAUUUUAACUACAGUGCAUAAUUUAGAUGCAUAUGUAAAAGAUGCAAUAUAGUUUUUGUGGACUUGCUCUAUUGGCAAGUCCAGAGGUGUUCACUCUAGAUCACACUAGAAUGUA